AUGGCUUCUGGUCAAGAGAUGGAUGCUACUAAGGAGGUGCCCGUUGCUGGCAAUGAGGGAGAUAAUGCUGCUGCUGCUACUGACAUAGAUCUCAACCUUGAGGACUUUGUGGUUGACAUGGAGAUUAAUGGAAGUGAAGCUGACCUUGAGGCUGGCUCUGAUGAGGGUGUUUCCAAUGAGACUGAGAACAUUGCUGUCAAGCUCCAGACUCAACUCACGGAGCAGAAUAUUCUCGUUGGAGUGCAACAGUGCCGCAUCCAGAACUUGGAGGCUGAUUCUGUUAAGCUUCAGGCCUUGAUUGAGCAGCUGACCAGGGAGGUGCAGUCGAUCCCUAAGGAGAACGACACCUCCAGCUUCAUUCAGGACCUGCAGACUACUCUCCAGUUCGUGCAGGAUCAGCUCAAGAAGCAAGAGAAACACAUCUCUGUGCUUCAGGCCCAGUACAGGGAGAUCCGGCGUGGAAACCUCUACCAGCCUGCUCCUGCAGCAGAGCGAGUUGCCAACGCCGCUAACAGCCGGGCUGCACCUGCUGAUGCUCCUUCUGCUGUUCCCUCUCCUACUGGAGCACGUGUUGAGCCUCCUACUGCAGCAGCAACUGCUUUUGGCUCCUGCCCUUCGGCCCUGCCUCGUUUUGUCCAUGGCAAAACUGACGUUGAAACUUGGCUCUCCAUUGCGGAGGACUUUAUGUCCAUCCACAAUGUGCGUAGCGAGGCUCGCGUGGUCGCAGCGACCCUUGCCCUGGACGACACUGCGAGCAAGUUGGUGUAUGCCAACAAGCGCCACGCAGAGGCUAAUGGCCAUCCUUUUGGCUGGGAGGAGUUCAAAGCUGCCAUGCUGGCGGCAUUCCUAAGUCAGCCCCCGGCGCUCGAGGAUCCUCAAGAUGAGGAUAAGCCCCCGGCGGGCUGCCGCAUCUGUGGCAAGCUCGGGCACAAGUCCUAUCACUGCCGUUGGAGGAAGUCCGUCAAGAACUCCGGCAAGCCCAACCAGGGCAAGAAGCCGGAUGGUUCUGGCCCUUCGGGCCCGAAGGAUUUCCCGAAGUCCAAAUAG